GAUUUUGAACAUGUGACCGACCUUGGUUUGGGAUCAAAAUAUGAGUAAAAAAUUAAAUAUAUAUAGUUGCUUGGCUUGUUCUUUCAUUGACGCACCAUGCUGGUAUCAUUUUUGAUACCGUCGUCCUCUAGAUCGGGCUGUUUUUUCUAACCUGAUCCAUUUACACUCUGGUCGAUAGUCGAAAACAAAUAGCGUGUUAAUCGGCCCGAGUUGCAUCUACCGUCUGUGGUCUGUUGACCUACGCAGAGAUCUACAUAUAGGCUGAUCUCACGAAGAAGGCGAUCAAUUGGGUCUCACCCAUCUAUCAAUUCUUUCUAAUCAUCAAAAGCUAAAUUGGGUUUUUAGGGUUUUUGAUUGAUGAUGGAGGAUCAGAAGCAGAAGAACAAGUACAGUAUAAUCGUCCCCACUUACAACGAGCGCGUCAACAUUGCUCUCAUUGUCUUUCUCGUCUUCAAGCACCUCCCGGAAGUUGAUUUUGAAAUAAUAAUCGUGGAUGAUGGAAGUCCCGAUGGAACUCAAGAUGUGGUAAAGCAGUUGCAGCAGGUUUAUGGUGAAGAUCACAUUCUGUUGAGAGCUAGACCUAAGAAGCUCGGGUUAGGGACUGCUUACAUUCAUGGUCUAAAGCAUGUGUCAGGCAAUUUUGUUGUAAUCAUGGAUGCUGAUCUAUCACACCAUCCAAAAUACCUGCCAAGCUUCAUCAAGAAGCAGAUGGAGACUGGUGCAAGUAUAGUUACUGGAACCCGAUAUGUCAAAGGCGGUGGCGUGCAUGGGUGGAAUCUUAUGCGCAAAUUGACGAGUAGAGGAGCCAAUGUCCUUGCACACACACUUCUUUGGCCUGGUGUAUCAGAUUUAACUGGCUCUUUCCGGCUUUAUAAGAAAUCUGCACUUGAAGAUGUCAUAAGCUCUUGCGUUAGUAAGGGGUACGUUUUUCAGAUGGAGAUGAUAGUUAGGGCUUCAAGGAAAGGGUACCAAAUUGAAGAGGUUCCAAUUACUUUCGUUGACAGAGUUUACGGAAGUUCAAAGCUUGGAGGAUCUGAAAUAGUGGAAUAUCUGAAGGGCCUUAUGUAUCUCCUGGUCACAACUUAAAGUGGAGGUGGAUAUUAGUCAGAAGCCAUCCAUUUUUGUGUUUAGAAGUCGUUGAAAAUAAAAAUAGAUAUAAUAAUUUCAUUUUAUAGCUUGUCAAUAUUAUUAUUAUUAUUUUGCCUUGUAAUAAAUGACUUCAAGGUACAUUUCUUCAAAUAUAAUCCAUGAUUCUGGCA